AUGAGAAGAGUCGUAGUCACAGGGAUGGGCGUUGUAACACCUCUAGGCAACACCUUGACCGAACUCUGGUCAAAUUUACUUUCCGGUGUAUCUGGUGUAACCAAACUAACAGCUGACGACAUCAACGAUUUAGACCAAACUGAUGUAAAAAUCGGUGGCAAAGUCUCAAUAGACCCUGAAAUCAUGAAAAAUUUACCUGUGAGGCUUAUUUAGUUCGCAAAAAACAAACAAAACGCAAUGGCAUUCUCAGCAGCUUCCUCAGCACUUGAAGACGCUAAAUGAAAUCCUAACUCUGAGGCUGAAAAAGAACGAACAGGCGUAAUCAUGGGAGCUACAAAGUCGCAUCUAUCCCCAGCAGUCUACACAGUAGAACAGGUUUUAAAAGGAGGCCUAAGGUCUGUGCCUAAUCUUUAUCAUUCCCAUCUCUCCAUUUUCGGAACCACAGAUAAUGUUGUAAAGAAAUUUGGCUUUAAAGGACCCACUAGUGGGUAUAGCUCAGCUUGUGCAGCAGGGAGCUGCUCAUUAGCAGAGGCCUUUUGGACAGUCAGAUGUGAUGAAGCUGAUGUUGUGGUUGCUGGGACUUCUGAUAAUGGCAUUCACAAUUACUUGCUAAGCGGGCUAUCGAGGCUUGGAGCACUUAAUAAGAGAGCUAAUGACAGGCCACAGACAGCGUCAUGCCCUUUUGAUAUAAAAAGAGAUGGGUUUAUAUCAGCAGACGGGGCUGGAUGCUUGAUUUUAGAAGAUCUAAACCAUGCCUUAAGCAGAAAUGCAUAUAUUUAUGGAGAGUUAAAAGGAGUCUCGCUGUGUUCUGACUCCCCCCCCUUUAAAUUGAAACAAAAAAUUUUGUUUCAAUUUAAAGGGGGGUUAAGAAAAUUUUUUUAUAAAAAAAUUUAUAUAUAAAAAUUUUUUCAGAGAUAAAAUUUUAUAGAAAAUAAAUUAUAUAAAUUUAAAAGAGACAAUGGUAUUCUUCUAACUCUCCCCAUAACAAUUGGACAAAAUAGAGUUUAAUUCCUAAAUCUUAUAUGUUUGAAGCAUAUUAAAUAGGGUAUUAACGUAUUUACAUAUAAAAUAAUGAUUUUUACUAUAAAAUUUUUCUAUUAUAAUAAAAUUUUGUUUCAAUUUAAGGGGUCUAAUUUCCCAAAAAAGUAGGAAUUUUACCUAUAUUUUGUUUCAAUUUAAAGGGGGGGGGAGUGAGUCAUUCCACCCUAGCCGACCUCAUCCUGAAGGUGAAGGAAUAACAAGAACUAUGAGAAGAGCUUUAGAAAUCGCAGAACUGGAGCCUAAAGAUGUAGACUUAAUUCACGCCCACGGUACAUCAACAAUUGAAGGCGACAUUUCAGAAAUUAUUGCAAUUAACAAUGUAUUUGGAACCACAAAGCCAGCUAUUAUAUCAGCCAAAGCGAACUAUGGACAUAUGAUGGCAGGCGUCGGAGCCAUCCAGUCAGCUGUUUUGUUGCUCUGCAUUAAGAACAGCAUGAUCCCUCCUCUGAUAAACUUAAAAAACCCUGUUCAAGUUGGAAAUAUAGAGCUAGAUUACGUUCUAGAACCAAGGGCAAAAGAAGUAAACGCAGGUAUCACAAAUAAUGCUGGAUUUGGAGGUCUAAACUGCAGCUUGGUGUUUAGUAAAUAUAAACAAUAA